AUGGAUCCUCCUCAUAACUUCCAGUCGACAGUCGAGUCUGGCUCUGGCAACUCAACUCCUUGCAAUGCUCGCAAAAGACACCUGCUGAAUUCCUGGACUAACAGGGCAACUGAGAGGGCCAAUGACAGCGGAUCUCAGGGAAGGCUUGAUGUGUCAGAGCAUGGUCGCGAGCCUAUGCAGACAUCCCAAAUGUGGGGAUGGGCAACAGAACCAAGAGCAUUGACUCACCCUCAAAACACAGCUCCGUCCACGGGAUCAUUCCAGGAUGGCAGUGAGACUCGUGGAUCUCAGGGUUUCGAUCUGGAACUGGGCACAUCAUAUCAAGCACAACAACUGGGCACAACACAUCAAGCACAACAACUUGGGGCAGCACAUCAAGCACAACAACUGGGCACAGCAUAUCAACCACAAUAUCGUAUGCAGCAAGGAUGGCCUGGCAAUCCCUACUACGGUAAUGAUCACAUCGGUGCGACUACAGGCUUGAUUCCAACGUACGCUGGACCUCCAAAUAGCGGCUACUCUUCUUAUGGAAGUACUCAAGUCGUUCAUCCCUUGGGAUAUGUACUUGCUCCUAACAUGCAUGCCGGUGGAUGGCAUAGCCAAAACGUUGUUGCUGGGCAUUCUGUCUUGAAAGAUACAACCUACGGCGAUGGUGUUGGUUCUGCCCCAGACUCUGACCAGAACAACCCUGGAGGCAACAAGAUCCGUGGCCUGGACCAAGAAGAACCAGCUGGCGUCACCGAGGGCGAAAAUGCAGUAAUAAGUGUCAAGAAAGCCGAGGAGGUCCGAAAGAUCGCAGUGGCAUGGAUCAAGAUGGUUGAUUACAUUGCAAAAGACACCCACUUCUCACCACAGGAUGCUCUGGUAAAAGAGGAGACCGACAACAUGAGACAAGCGCUCCGAGACGGAUGGGCCUGGGAUAACAGCGGUGACAAGAUUAUGGGCGCUAAGAUCGCCACGAGUGUCGUAGCAAAGCACUCCAGAUUGUGCCGUCAUGAACGCCUCAUCCAUCUCUGGAAACAGAUGAGUCUUAUGGUUAAAGAACUGGCCAUCCUCAGCACCAUGAUAAACUCCGACGACCCGCCGGACAAGAUGCUUUCAUUUCCCAUUCUAGCCCGGCACAUGGCGUCUCGGAACUCAGACAAGGUCAAACUCGGUCGUGCCGACCUCGAACUCUUCAAUCAAACCCACUCGGCGGACAAGCUUAUGCUGACCAGAGCCACUCAGUCCAUUCUUGAUGAGUACUUCUCCCUCUAG